AUGCAUAGAGCACUGAGCGCGCGUUGGAUUCACCGGAGCCUGCGCAUCGGCGACUCCUUGCCUAGAGCCGGCCUACCACUUUUCUUAUGCCCAUCCGUUGUCGCAAAGUCAGUGAGGAGCGGUCCGGUUCGAGAUGAAGGCAGAAGGCUUGCGAUUCAGACGCGAAACACGCACAGCGAGGCGCAACCGACGAUUCAAGAAGAUGAACACCAAUCAACACCACCUACUCCAACCAGGAGACUACCGCUAGCCUGCAGCGGCUGUGGAUCGUUGACGCAGACAGUGGACGCACAAGCCUUUGGUUAUUACGACACCGAAGCGAAACGAGUUAGAAAUUGGCUGAAUCCGAGAUCAACUGAGUUACAGAACGCGGAAGAGGCCGAGAAUGGUGUGGUGCAAGACUUACUCAAGUCUAUGGACCCGGCGAAGCUCAAAGAACUUGGCUUCAGCGAGGAUACCCUGAUCUCGAACAACGAUGAGGCACAAGCAACAUCUAUUGAACGUGCACGACCACCCGUCUGCGACCGAUGCCACAAUCUUGUCCACCAUAGCGUAGCGAGUGCUUCGGCAAUGCAACCGAUGCAUCAUCCUACAAUUGAGACACUCCGAGAAACAAUGGAAGAAUCUCCACACAAAUACAACCAUAUAUAUCAUAUUAUAGACGCUGCCGACUUUCCAAUGUCGUUGAUACCUCGACUGAAUGAACUGAUCGGCGAUAUUAAACUUCGAACGCGAAACCGCCGUUCUCAAACAAAGUUCUACCGAGAUGGCAGGACUGAAAUGAGUUUCAUCAUCACAAGAGCAGACCUCUUAGGACCUACCAAAGAAAAGGUUGAUGGCCUGAUGCCGUAUCUACGUGAGGUUCUUAGAGAUGCUCUUGGACGCAUGGGAAGCAGAGUGCGCUUGGGAAAUGUGCGCUGCGUUAGCGCAAAACGAGGAUGGUGGACGGCACAAUUAAAAGAUGAUAUUUGGAAUCGAGGUGGCGGAGGCUGGAUGGUUGGGAAGGUCAAUGUGGGCAAAAGCCAGUUGUUCGAAGCUGUCUACCCAAAAGGUCGAAUGACCUCCAAAACUCUUCCACAGGAUGCAGAAGGUCACCCUGCGACGCAGGGCAAUACCUCUUCAACUGAUACCGUCAAAGAGGAUGAUUACUACGAGCAUAUGGCAGACCUUGGAGAUCUCCUUCCUCCAGCAAGACGAGCAGCUAACUUUCCUGAGAUGCCCUUGGUGUCCUCAUUGCCUGGCACCACUGCAUCACCCAUCCGGAUUCCCUUUGGUGAUAGCAAAGGCGAAUUGAUUGAUUUACCGGGUCUUGCUCGCAGCGACCUCGAGCUUUUUGUUCAACCUGAACACCGCCAGUCGAUUAUUAUGAAGAAACGUCUAGUCCCAGAGCAAGUCUCCAUUCAGUGCGGCAAGUCUCUCGUUCUCGGCGGUGGUCUUAUCCGUAUCACUCCAACUACUCAAAACUUAGUCUUCCUGAUGUAUAACUUUACGCCUUUGAAGCAGCACUUAACGAGCAACGAGAAGGCUAUUGCGUUCCAAGAGCAGACCAGGGAAUUUGACGGUCUCGAAAACAUCUGUCUGCCGGAAACAGCUGGAACCAUUAAACACGCAGGGAGAUUUGAAUUGCGCCAUGAUGUGACCAAACAACGAGCUGGGCCUCUGACUAGAAAAAACGCGGUUGGAUUGCAGAUUGAAACGUUGCCAUUCCGAGUGCUUUCUACGGAUAUCCUAAUUGAAGGCGUGGGAUAUGUCGAGAUUGUUGCCCAGGUGCGUGCUAGAGACUUGGAUCUCAACGGUCAGCCGCGUGGUGGUGCAUUCCGUGAUACUGAUGACAUGGAUGACACUGAACCUGAGUCCGACCCAUUUGCGGCAAUGAUGGAGAAAAGAGUUGAAUCUGGCAACGAAAAACGUACCAAGGCUCCUGAAAAGAAACACACAUCCUCUAAGCCUCCUAGUGCGCCUCUAUGGCCUUCUAUUGACGUAUUUACGCCAGAAGGAAGAUUUGUCGACCAACGCCAGCCCAUAAAUGGAUGGCUCAAUAAUAAACCACGUGUUGUUGCUAGCAAAGGACGGCCAAGGAAAGCUAUGAAGGGACAGAAAAAGCUAGCAAGGGCCAGAGCAAGAGCUUCGGCUUAG